CUUAGCUAGCUAGCUUCUCUUUCUUAAUUUCUUUUGCUUAAAAAAAAUGGAGUAAACCUUAGUUUCCCCGACCACCUUAAUUCCGUUAUUGAUCAUAAUUUGCCCGUUCAUGUCCAUUGUCGGCGAGGUGAAAACAUGGAAUCCUUCGCUGCCAUACGAAAUCCUCUCCCUCGAUUUCGCCGCCAGGCUGUCAUUUAGCUCCGAUUCCGUCGCCGCCGUUUCCGGCGAUUUCGGCGGGAUGGUUACCGGAGAUCCGGCCGCCGUUCUCUACCCGGCGUCCGCCGGUGACGUCGUGGAGCUCAUUGAAUUCUCUUACAACAGCUCCUGUCCCUUCGCCGUGGCCGCUAGGGGCCACGGACACUCGGCGCGUGGCCAGGCCACGGCCAUGGAGGGCGUGGUGGUGGAUAUGAGGUCGUUGAAGAGGAACGGCGGCGGGAUUAGGGUUUCGUGGAGUGAGGCCUUAGGGUUUUACGCGGAUGUCGGAGGAUAUCAGCUUUGGGUUGACGUCUUACGUGCGAGCCUCGAAUAUGGGCUGGCGCCGGUGUCGUGGACGGAUUACUUGUACCUCACCGUCGGCGGGACCCUCUCCAACGCCGGAAUCAGCGGCCAGACUUUCCGGUAUGGUCCUCAGAUCGCCAACGUUCUUGAAAUGGAUGUUAUUACAGGAAAGGGAGAAUUCAUCACUUGCUCAAAACACAUCAACUCUGAAUUAUUCUUUGCUGUUCUGGGUGGCUUAGGCCAGUUUGGAGUGAUAACUAGGGCAAGAAUUGUAUUACAAAAAGCACCAACAAGAGUGAAGUGGGUAAGGAUGCUUUAUGAUGACUUCACAAAGUUCACAAGAGACCAAGAGCAUCUAAUAUCAAUUGAUGAUGGCCUAGACUAUGUGGAAGGGUCUCUUGUGAUGAACCAAAGCCCUGCAAAUAAUUGGAGAUCUUCCUUUUUCUCCCCAUCCCAUCAACCCCAAAUUGCUUCUUUGAUAUCCAACCAUGGCAUCAUCUACUCCCUAGAAGUAGUCAAGUAUUAUGAUGAUGAAACAGCCACCACAAUUGACGAGGAAUUGCAGGAGUUGUUUAAAGGGUUGAGCUUUAUACCUGGGUUUGUUUUCGAGAAAGAUGUAUCAUUUUUUGAUUUUCUGAAUAGAGUAAGAAGUGGAGAGGUAAAGCUGAGGCAAAAGGGGAUGUGGGAUGUUCCACACCCAUGGCUAAAUCUUUUUGUACCAAAAUCCAGAAUUUUGGAUUUCAAUGUUGGUGUUUUUGUGGACAUCAUUCUCAGACAGAACAAGACAUCAGGACCCAUCCUUGUCUACCCAACUAACAAAUCAAGAUGGGAUGAUAGGAUGUCAGCUGUGAUCCCAGAAGAGGAAACAUUUUAUUGUGUGGGGCUAUUGCAUUCCAGUGGAGUGAAUGAGUGGGGAGAAUUGGACAGCCAAAAUGAAGAGAUUUUGAAGUAUUGUGAUGAAGCUGGCAUCAAGAUCAAGCAGUAUCUUCCUCACUACAAAACCGAGGAAGAUUGGGAGAAGCAUUUUGGAAAAAAGUGGAAAACUUUUCAACAGAGAAAGGCUUUAUUUGAUCCCAAACUCAUAUUAUCCCCAGGCCAAAGAAUCUUUUCUUAAUCAUCAUCUUUGGUCUGGUCCAUAGAUGCAUAUAUGCAUGCAUUACCUAGCUAGCUGCUAAUAGGUGGUAAUUUAUUAGUUAAUUAAUUAAGGUAUAAUGUAGUAGUGCAAUAACAUAGUUUAAUGUACUAAAUAUGGUUAGCAAAUUGUUGUAUGUAGAUGUUUUGCCUCCAUGCAUUAGAUAAAUUAAAGAUUUUCUUUUUUGUAA